CUCAGUCAAUGUCUUUAAACUCAAGGUUGAGCAAAGCCGGGGGCAUUUAGUCAUUGUUUUUACCUGUUGAUCAACGUACAGCUGAGAUCCUGUGCACACUUUUGAGAUUAUUUCUUUUACAGUUCUUCCCCCAGUGAUUUAUGGAGGUCUGUGACUGAGGAUCAAGAUCAUAUAAAGAUAUUUUAAACGCCAGUGUAGCUGAUCAACUCAAGCUGCACUGAACAUUCUUAAAAAUGGAGCAAAUUCCAGACCUGAGACAUUCAUCUACAAUGUCUGCAUCGCCUUCGGUGGCUCAUCCUGGUGAGUCCUACCAACAGGGGAACAUGAGGAUGAAACUGGAAUAUUCAGAGCUCUGGAAAUCAUUUCAUGACAUUGGGACUGAAAUGGUUAUCACUAAAUCUGGCAGGAGGAUGUUUCCAUAUUGUAAUGUGAGUGUGUCUGGUCUUGUGCCAUACGCCAAGUACUUCAUCAUGGUGGACAUGGUCCCAGUGGAUAAUUCCAGGUACAAGUGGAAUAAUGAGCAGUGGGAGGUGGCAGGAAAGGCAGAGCCGCAGCCUCCGUGUAGAACAUACAUUCAUCCAGAUUCCCCUGGUUUGGGUAGCCAUUGGAUGAAGCAGCCCAUUUCUUUUCUCAAACUGAAGCUCACCAACAAUCCACUGGACCAGAAAGGCCAUAUCAUUCUGCAUUCGAUGCAUCGCUACCAGCCUCGCUUCCAUGUGGUGCAGGCUGACGACCUUUAUAGCGUGCGAUGGAGUGUCUUCCAGACCUUCACAUUCUCUGAAACCACUUUUACAGCAGUCACGGUUUACCAGAACACCAAGAUCACAAAGCUGAAGAUAGACCAUAACCCCUUCGCAAAGGGCUUUAGAGAAGAAGGAACGCAUGGCAAAAGGCACAGAGCUCAGAAAAGUCAACUGUGUUCAGAGAAUUCAGCAAAAAAACUAAAGUCUUCAGAAAAGGAGCCAGAGUUCAGAUGUUUCCAAGAUGUGCCAAGGCUUCCAUAUGACCCUCACAGAGAAGAUUCAGAAACCCUGAUGCUUUCCAAAGAAGUACCGAUGGCCCAGGAUGAGCAAAUGUCCCCAUGGGGAGGAGAGCAGGACCCUGGCCAAAGUCUGCAUAGUGAGGGAGCCAUGGACUACACAAACUCUGAGCAGCUUGUUCCAGGACAGAUCAACUACCAAUCACACAGAACUCAGGAUUUUGGGAGGAUGUCCUCGCCCUCCUGCACAGAUUCUCAAACUGACUGCCAGGGUUUUGAGUCCCAACCUACCGACAUGGCCACUGUUCCUGACCAGGAGCUUUCAAGACCCCAACCUUCUCUGAGUCUGGGUUCUUCUCAAAGAAAAGGGCUAGAUAUUUCCAUGACCACCAGCGUUGAAGGGUGCUCUAAAGCCAGGCCAGGACUGCCUCUGUACAAUCAGUAUAACAUGGAGCAGCCUUUAGGUCACUGGAGUGGAACUUUAGCCGGGCAAUACUCAAGCCCCACCUACCCUCAGCCACACCAACAUCCACAUCACCUGAUGAUGUCAGAGCACAGCAUUCAUUCAGCUGGAUAUCACCACAGCAGCAUGCCAGAGUGGAGUCAGUACUCUCUCUUCUCCUACUCUUGCUGA